AUGGAAGCCCAAAUCACCGUAAAUGUUAGAUUGCCUUGUGCCACAUCUGCUCCGUUCUGGAGAAUUCUUCAGGAGGCGGAAUUUACCUCGCUGAAUUACAAGUCCUCAUCUUGCACAUGUACCGCUCAGCUUCGGAUCACCAGCGGAGUAGAAUGGACGCAGCCGAAUAACGUUGAUAAGUACCUUACCAGUAGCGGACGGGGAUACCGACGUCUACUAGGUCUGGAGAAAAGCGACGAAUCGAUACGUGCUUUCGUCGACUGGGUCCCAACUUGGGAAGUAGCCGGAGACCAGACUGGGGAUAACAGAUCCUUCCCAAGGCCAUCAGGUCGCGAUUAUUCUAAGUGUAGCCGGAUACUCGAGAACCGGGUAGGAGCCCAUGGCCCUGAGCAGCUGAUCGAAUGGCUCCCUAGCUGGGAGGAUGUGGCGGACUUGGACCUGAAGUCCAUAGAAGAGUUUGAGGGAAGACAGGAGGAUAUCUUCAGCUUGCUGGCCAUAAUCCAGGCGGUAGUUAAGGAGGGGCCUCAGGAAACCAGAUGUGGUUAG